AUGUCAUGUACCAAUUGCGGCCAGUAAUACCGCUCCUCCAUAAGAGCCCACGACUUGUCUCGCCCAAGGUGUUCGCCAAGGCCACCUCUAUAUAGCUUGUGAAUAAUCUGCUCUCUCAGAGAACUUUGGAGGAUGCACAGACGAUUCCCUUCGAAGGGAAAACCGUCUUGCAUAUGUAGGUCACUGGGAUGACCUUCUUGGAACCCCAUCCAUGUAUCCUUGAAGUCCUCGUUCUCGGCUUAUAGUUCCUUGAGACAGUCGAUGCUGACCAUCUCAUUGCUCAUCAUAACAAGUAGUGAUACACGACGGCUAAGCGCAUCAGCCACCUUGUUCUGCUGCCUUGACUUGUGCUUCAAAACGAACGUGAAUUCUUAUAAAAACGCAACCCAUCUAGCAUGCACAUGAUUCACUUUAGCCUAACUAUUAAUAAACUUUAAGGCUUGGUGGUCAGUGUAGAGAACAAACUCUCUCUGAAUCAAAUAAUGCCGCCAAUGUCGCAGCGCUUGAACAACUGCAUAUAGCUCAAGCUCAUAUGUCAACCACUUCUUUCGGACUUCAUUGACCUUCUCGUUGUAGAAGGCUACAAGCCUGUCUUUCUGUGAUAAGACUCCUCCAAUUCCGACAUAUGAGAUGUCACACUCAGCCACAAACAACUUGUCAAAACUGGGAAGAACCAAGACCGGUGUUGUGGACAAUCGAUGCUUGAUUUGAGCAAAGCUCUUGUCAGCCUCAUCGGUCCACUAAAAUGGUCUCUUUUUUAUGCAAUCUGUAAUAGGUGCGACCAUCAUGUUGAAAUUCUGCAUGAAUCGACGAUAUAAGGUUGUCAACCCAUGAAAAGUCUUUCAUGAAUGUUUGUCAACCUAGGAAGAAGUUUCAAAAUCAAACUCCAACUCAACCUCCCUAAAUUCGUGACUUACUAUAAAUAGUAAACUUAUUAUUUAUAGACGAUAAUGAUUCCUGCUAGGCUUCAUGGUUUUCAGCCAAGUGUCCUAUUUGGCCUAAUCACGUUAUUCUCCUAAAUUUUCUUUGUCCUUGUCAUGUUGGACACAACUCAUGAAGCUCAAAGGAUGAAGAGUUAUGAUCGAACAAAAACUUACUAUAAAUAGUAAAAACGAAAUUAAAAAAGACUUUCGACCGUCGAUCUGAUGAAAUCUUGCAAAUUAGGUGUGGGCAACCCAGCAUAGUGGUUUGGGUGGCUAAAGUAGAUUCUCCUACCCAAAAAUCAUAUAUGGUACGUCGAAUAACUCAUUCCGGUUUGUGAGAUAGGCCUGUUUCAGGGAUCCGACGAUCCCGAUCACUACCGCUUUCGAUCAGGCCUUCUCUGGUCUAUCUUGGACAUUAAAGUGUCUGUGACCCGCUCUACAUCAAGGUUUCUGGAAGAGUAGCUUACAAUGGCCAUGGGAUGGAGGAGUUCGUCCCUCAAAGGACAUCGGCUUAUAUCAGUCAACAUGAUCUUCAUAUUGGGGAAAUGACAGUGAGAGAGACCUUGGCUUUCUCUGCUCGAUGCCAAGGAGUCGGGACCCGUCACGAGAUGUUGAUGGAGUUGUCAAGAAGGGAAAAAGCAGCAAACAUUAAGCCGGAUCCCGACCUUGACAUCUUCAUGAAGGCUGCAUCGCUUGAAGGGCAGAAGGAAAGUGUCAUCACGGAUUAUAUUCUGAAGAUUUUGGGACUGGAAGUAUGUGCCGAUACCAUGGUAGGGGAUCAAAUGCUGAGGGGCAUAUCAGGAGGACAAAAGAAGCGUGUUACGACAGGUGAGAUGCUUGUCGGACCUGCGAAGGCCCUUUUCAUGGAUGAGAUAUCGACUGGUCUGGACAGCUCUACCACUUUCCAGAUUGUGAAUUCCCUGAGACAGUCAAUUCACAUUCUCGGUGGGACAGCACUGAUUGCACUGCUUCAGCCAGCUCCGGAGACUUAUGACCUCUUCGAUGACAUUGUUCUCCUCUCUGACGGGCAGGUCGUUUACCAGGGUCCCCGUGAGAAUGUGCUCGAGUUCUUUGAAUCCAUGGGUUUCAAAUGCCCCGAGAGGAAAGGUGUCGCCGACUUCUUGCAGGAAGUGACAUCAAGAAAAGAUCAGCGGCAGUACUGGGCACGUAGAGAUGAACCAUACAGAAACAUUCCCAUCAAGGAAUUCGCCAAUGCAUUCCAAUCAUUCCAUGUCGGUCGUAAAAUAGGAGAAGAACUCAGCACCCCGUUUGAUAAGAGCAAGAGCCAUCCUGCUGCUUUGACGACAUCUGAAUAUGGUAUCAGCAAGAAGGAAUUGCUGAAAGCAUGUGUUUCAAGGGAAUUGUUGCUUAUGAAGAGGAACUCAUUUGUCUACAUCUUCAAAAUGAUGCAACUGUUAGUCGUCGCUUUAAUCACUAUGACAGUCUUCUUCCGUACCAAAAUGCACCACAAUUCGAUAUCCGAUGGAUCAACAUUUAUGGGUGCUCUCUUUUUCACGCUCAUCUCCCUUAUGUUUAAUGGGUUCUCAGAGCUCGCCAUGACAAUCGCAAAGCUUCCUGUGUUCUACAAGCAAAGAGACUUCCGCUUCUAUCCUUCAUGGGCAUACUCUCUGCCUACAUGGAUCCUCAAGAUUCCCAUUUCGUUUGCAGAAGUCGCUAUUUGGAUUGCCCUCACUUAUUAUGUCAUCGGCUAUGACCCAAAUGCUGGGAGGAUGUUUAAACAGUAUCUGCUACUCAUAUUGAUUAGCCAGAUGGCGUCUGGAUUGUUUCGGUUAAUUGCUGCACUAGGUCGGAACAUGAUCGUUGCAAGCACAUUUGGGUCAUUUGCACUUCUUGCAGUUUUGACACUCGGAGGAUUCAUUGUAUCACGAAAGGAUGUGAAGAAAUGGUGGAUCUGGGGUUACUGGUCCUCGCCUUUGAUGUAUGCGCAGAAUGCAAUUGCGACGAAUGAAUUUCUUGGGCAUAGUUGGAAGCGUGUUGUUUCUGGUUCGACGGAAAUGUUAGGGUUCAAAAUCUUAGAGUCUCGUGGAAUCUUUCCUGAAUCAAAAUGGUAUUGGAUUGGUGCCGGCGCAUUGUUUGGUUACAUUCUCCUAUUCAAUGGCCUUUUCAUAGCCGCUCUCACUUAUCUCAACCCAUAUAAGGGCGGUCAAGCAGUUCUAUCUGAAGAGGCCUUGAAGGAGAAGCAUGCAAACAGAACCGGAGAAGUCGAAGAGGUGGAGCUGUCAACCAGGAGAACAAGCUCUUCUGCAUGUAUUGGCAAUGAAAUUAGAAUGACAGAAGCCACCGAUUGUGCUAGUAAGAGCAAUAAGAAGGGCAUGGUUCUUCCUUUUGCACCCCUUUCCAUCACCUUCGAUAAUGUUAGAUAUUCCGUAGACAUGCCGCAGGAAAUGAAAGCUCAAGGUUUUCCAGAAGAUCGAUUAGAGCUUCUGAAGGGAGUAAGUGGAACUUUCAGGCCAGGAGUACUUACAGCUCUGAUGGGUGUCAGCGGUGCUGGUAAGACUACGCUGAUGGAUGUGUUGGCCGGAAGGAAGACAGGUGGAUACAUAGAAGGAAACAUCACCAUAUCUGGCUACCCCAAGAAGCAAGAAACAUUCACUCGGAUAUCGGGAUACUGUGAACAGAACGACAUCCACUCUCCUCAUGUUACAGUCUAUGAAUCUCUCGUUUACUCUGCAUGGCUUCGGUUACCAACAGAAGUAGAUUCUGCCACAAGAAAGAUGUUCAUUGAGGAAGUCAUGGAGCUUGUAGAGCUAACAUCGUUGAGGGAAUCGCUGGUCGGGCUACCUGGCGUGAAUGGGCUGUCGACGGAGCAGCGAAAGAGGCUGACUAUUGCUGUUGAGCUUGUUGCCAACCCAUCUAUAAUAUUCAUGGACGAGCCAACGUCUGGACUAGAUGCCAGGGCAGCAGCCAUUGUGAUGAGAACCGUGAGGAACACCGUGGACACCGGCAGAACUGUGGUGUGCACAAUCCACCAGCCCAGUAUCGACAUAUUCGAAGCUUUUGAUGAGCUAUUCCUUUUGAAGAGAGGAGGAGAAGAAAUAUACGUUGGCCCACUGGGCCAUCACUCUAGCCAUCUGAUCAACUACUUUGAGGGAAUCAAUGGAGUCCAUAAGAUAAAGGAUGGUUACAAUCCGGCGACAUGGAUGUUGGAGGUGUCUAGCAUAGCACAGGAGGGGAUUUUGGGGGUGAAUUUUUCUGAAAUAUACAAGAAUUCAGAUCUUUUCAGGAGAAACAAAGCUCUAAUUGCAGAAAUGAGCUCACCUCCCCCUGGUUCCACAGAUCUCUACUUCCCAUCUCAGUAUUCACAGCCCUUUAUCACACAAUGCAUUGCCUGCCUAUGGAAACAGCGAAUGUCGUACUGGCGGAAUCCGCCGUACACUGCUGUCCGGCUUCUCUUCACGACUGGCAUCGCCUUGAUGUUUGGAUUGAUAUUCUGGGAUCUUGGGUCCAAAACGACUUCUCCACAGGACCUGCUCAAUGCCUUGGGCUCCAUGUAUGCUGCAGUUCUCUUCCUCGGAGUGCAAAAUGCCUCAACAGUGCAGCCAGUUGUGGCUAUCGAACGUACUGUUUUCUAUAGAGAGAGGGCUGCUGGGAUGUAUUCAGCUCUACCAUAUGCCUUUGCGCAGGUGGCGGUCGAGAUUCCAUACAUCUUUGUUCAGAGUGUUACAUAUGGGGUCAUCGUCUAUGCCAUGAUCCAAUUCGAAUGGACGGCUGCCAAGUUCUUCUGGUAUCUCUUCUUCAUGUUCUUCACAUUGCUCUAUUUCACUUGCUACGGAAUGAUGGCUGUCGGCCUCACUCCCAACGAAAACAUUGCUGCAAUCGUUUCCUCUGCAUUCUAUUCGCUGUGGAACCUGUUUGCAGGCUUCAUCAUUCCCCGGCCCAGAAUUCCCAUAUGGUGGAGAUGGUACUACUGGGCAUGCCCGGUUGCUUGGACCUUGUAUGGAUUGGUCGCUUCCCAGUUUGGUGACAUAUCCAAACGCAUGGACAAUGACAUGAUAGUGUCGGAGUUCGUGAGGCAAAACUUCGGAGUCAAGCAUGACUUCCUGGGAGUGAUUGCCGCUGGGAUCAUUGGAUACGCAGUACUCUUUGCAUUCGUCUUUGCCUUUUCCAUUAAGGUGCUGAACUUCCAAAGAAGAUAAGAAGGUUUUUUUAUUUUUUCCUCACAAGCCAAAAUCAAAUGGGGUUUGAUCAGUUCAGCUCCCUGCAGUUCAUGACGCUUUUGGGCUCUUCUAUCCAAACUAGGGGGCUGAAGUUUGAAUAUCAUAUGCUAGUAUUUGUUGGUUGAUUCUUGAAAUUUGAUAUAGUUAACCCUUUUUAAUACUUUCUUAUGCACCAUAUUUAGUUUCAUAAGUGUGUUGAAGGCUAUUGUUGUAUUAGCAUACAGAAAAACUAGAAUUA